AUGUGGAUUAUUCAGAGCACAAUGAUGGACAAGUCCCAUCUAUUCCACCUCAUUCCCAUUCUUAUCCUUUGGUACCUCUGGUGUUCCCGCAAUGACAAAAGAGUUAAACAAAUCCCCUUCACUGCUCAACGCGUCUGCGAUCGAGUUUGGAAACAUCUUCAACUCAUCGCCAAUUCUUCCCUCCUUGAGGAGUCCUCCUGUUCUCGAGCCCCUCUUUUGAGCCACCUUCUCUCCCCUUCUUUUCGGCCCCAUCGUCGCCAGAAUCGCCCUCGUAUGCAGAUUAUCAGAUGGACCACCCCCCCUGUCGGCACGUUGAAGAUCAAUACAGACGGAGCCUCGAAGGGUAACCCCAGAGAGGCUGGAGCAGGUUGUUAUAUCACUCCUUACGACGAGCCCCGGCGGCGGCUGGCGGAAAGAGACCUCAUUCAGAAGAUCAGAGCUCUAUCAGAUACUCUUGACGUCAGCUUCACCCACAUUUACCGUGAGGGUAAUAGUGCCGUCGACUACCUCGCAGGUUCCGCCUGCCGAGCCCGAGACUUUGUGUUAUAUGACGUCGCAGACUUACCUGGACCCCUUAGGGUCAUCAUCAGGAUGGAUUUAGAGUAUCCCAGCAUCAGACGUCCCCAUGACGACAUCAGACCACAGGGCUGA